ACAUUGACUCACGAGACGCAGACUACUCCAUUCAUCAACCGCAACAAUACAACGUUCCAUUGAGAAAUGACAUCUGACUAAGAGAAAAUAUCUCACUAUAAGACGAUAAAAUGGCGGCUGCAUCUACUUUGAUCGGCAUUGCCUCUGCUUUCUGUGUUCUCGGACUAAGCCUCAUCCUCAAGUCCUCAUGGAAGGCCCUGCUCUUAACCCUGGUACUGGGAGUUAUCUCCAUCGUCAUCUUUCUCAUGGCCCGUCACCUUCAAAUCCAGCAGUCCCGCAUGAAACGACCAAUUCUUUUGUCUGACAUUGCUGCGAAGAAGUCUACCAGUCCCGGCUUGUUGAAGGGAGCUUACUUCCUCAUUGUCUUGGGCUCAGGUGGCCACACCAAGGAAAUGCUAGCCAUGAUGGAAAUCAGCUUUCCCAACAUCCCCGACAUGCACCGACGCUAUCUCAUCUCUAGUGGCGACUUAAUGUCACUCACUCACCUGGACGCCUUUGAAGACGAGCUCAGGACUACCCAUGGCGAAGGGCAGGUGGGAACCUUUGACAAACACAUUGUCGCGAGAGCCAGAAAAAUUCACCAGAGUUUACUCACAGCCCCUUUCACAGCCCUGAUGUCAGUGGCUCAGAUCUUCCCCUUGCUGCUGUCCUCGCCUUUCAAAGGCCCGAGAAGUCGCCAGCAGUUUCCCGACAUCAUUCUCACCAAUGGCCCUGCCACUGGCUUCGUUGUUGGUCUGGUGGCGUAUCUCCUCAAGAUGCUUUACGUUGUUCCAGAGGACUCCAUGCAAGUUCUCUAUGUUGAGUCGUGGGCCAGAAUCCAGACCCUGAGUCUCACAGGGAAGCUGUUUCACUACACUGGUAUUGCCGACAUGUUGUUGGUUCAGCAUGAAAAAGUAGCCAAGACCUACGGCGUUACCAAUGCAGGCUGCAUGGUUGUGAGAAAGACAUGACAAUCUGUCAUUUCUCAUUCAUUUCCUGCCAUUACUGAGAAAGGAGGUCGGUGGAUGCUUAGCAUAGGAGAGAGGCUAUGUAGCUGAGUCUAUGGCUCUCUUAUUUGAUACAGGACGAUGCGCGUAGUAAACUUG